AUGUUUCCUUUUGGGAAAAACUGUUUCACAGGAUUUAUCCCUGAGUUUAUGUCCGUAUUAUCGCUACAAGUAGGCCAAUGCGGAAAUCAGCUCGGCGCCGAAUUUUUUCAAACGGUAUACUCUGAUUGCUUCGACACAGUGUCCAAUCCUUCUCGUCUUGACCGAGAGUACAUCUCGGAUUCUGUUUCCUCGUUUUUUCACGAAAGUAAUGACGCUACUCUCGAGGCAAAAUGCAUUCAAGUUGAUACAGAAGAGAAGGUUAUCGCUCGUCUGCAUCGGACAUCCAGACAACGUGGUUGGCGUUAUCCAGAUGAUUGUUCCCAAACAGCCAAAUGUGGUUCAGGUACAACUCGCACUCGACUAACGCCAUUUCAUUGCAUCUUAUCAAAGCCUAGAGUUGCAUCAUCCUAUUCCUGAACUGACAUCGGUUCUGAUCACCGACAUUUUUGUCUUCUAUUCCUUUACUUUGUCC